AUGGGUCACGGCGGUAUGGACCACGGCGGGCACGGCGGACACGGCGAUAUGGAUAUGGGCCAGUGUAACAUGAACAUGCUCUUUACAUGGUCAACCAAGAACCUCUGCAUCAUCUUCCCGCAAUGGCGCGUGACAGGCCCGUUCUCGCUAUUCGUGUCGCUGGUCGUUAUCGUGCUAUUGACAGCUGGUUACGAGGGUGUGAGACGGAUUACGAGGCGUUAUGAAGCGGGACAUGUACAGCGGUUGAGCGGUGUUGGCGUUUCUACAAGCACUGAGAUCGCCGACGAAUGUGCCAGUACCACGGCCACGGCCGGGCUGGAUGACCCGGACGAGAGCUCACCGCUGCUUGUAGGCAGGGAUCCGAGACGGGUUGCGGAGAGGAGGGGGAAGAUUGCGCUGGCUGCGUUGUAUGCGGUGCAGGUGUUUUAUAGCUUUUUUAUCAUGCUGUUGUUCAUGACGUAUAACGGGUUGGUUAUGUUGGCGGUUGCGGUGGGUGCUUUUGUGGGGUAUUUGGCGUUUGGGCAGGACGAGUCAGCUACUAAAUCUGUUGCUUGUCAUUGA